GCGAACAGCUAAGAAGUGCAGGAUCCGUUGGGGUUAGUGGAGUGCUUGAACACAACAGUGGAAGUUGAAAAACAACAGCCGUCACCAUGUGGAAGUCGUUGGUGUUCGCCGCCGGCGUUCUGGUUGGCAUCAGUAGUGCAGGUUCCGCAUCGUGGUCAGAAGAUAUUUCGGUACACAAUAAUCAUGCCGUAACGGGAAUACACUACUCGCAGCACGAGUCAUCGGUGAACGCGGCCCGCAGAGCUGCCGCGGAUCGUCUACAGCAGUCGGCCGCUCUGGUAGCUUCCGGUAGUGUCUCGUCCGGUCCUUGCGAAACGCUUUGCUACAUGUCGGCGGAUGCUGGAGAUGCGGAAACUAUCGGACAGGGUAUCGUAGGCUUUACUUCGGCCGGUGGAGCGACAUCCGGAACAUCCCAGAAGUACUCGUCGAGUUCUUCGCGUCACGAGACUAGCGUCCAGAAUGCGGUCGCCGCACCGAUCGUAUAUCCAGUUGCUUCCACCGGUACCCGAUCGAGCUUCUCGAGCUCAUCAUCCUCCCGUCAGCAUACGGCCUCAGCGGCAGCCCAACCGGUACUGGGACAACUGUACAGUACCCAGGCGCGUGACCGGGUACAUUCGGGCAACGUAAUCGCUACGAGUGGCAUCCGCGAGGGAACGUACAUUCAACCCCUGGUAUAUCCGGUUCCUGCCCCACAGACCCAUGCUUCCCAGAGCAGCUACGAGCGAUCGAGCUCGGUGGUCACCAGACCGGCCACGGCCAGCGUGGUUUACGUGCCCACGGCUGAUACGGCCGCGAGCAACACCUUCAACACUCGCUCCAGCUACGUCUCGUCGUCAUCGGCGGACCAACAGCAUUUGCAGCCGGUCGCCUAUUCUUCCGGCACCAACAGUGACUACGCGAGGCGCAAUGAGUUCACCUCGCAGCAACAGCAGCAGGAUCUUCAGUACCGCCAGCAGUAUCCUGCGAAGGGUAACACGUACGUUCUGUACUCGAAACCGAUGCCGUCCUCGGUCCAAUACUACGCCGCACCGUCUCGGUCCCGAGUCGAAGACUCUUCGACGACGUCGACGGCCUAUGAUUCUUCGGGGCGCGUUGUCAAUCUGAACAUAGUGCAACCGGCGCUUACCGAGCGUCUCGAUGAGCAGCGUACACAGCGGGUCCAAUCGGUUCACCAAUCGGUACAACAACCGGAAGCGAUCUACGGGACGCGAGGGCACAUCGAUCAGGUUGACGGCGAUACACUCGUAGAGGAUGAAGUCGAAACCGACACCGGUGUCCCCGUAUCUGGCGGUACCUCUUCAUCGUCGCAUCGUCGAGAGCAUAGCUAUGUCCGCACGGGUUCCUACACCCCAACCGUAGCACCAAUCGGUUCGAACCGUUACAGUAGCUCUUCGCAGACUUCCGAAGCACAGCGACGUCAAAUGUACCACUCGGCACCGGGUUAUGUGCAGGUCGUUCCGGUGGCUGGAGCGGGAUCAGUAGCCUCGUCCAAGUACGAAAGUGCCUCCGAGCACCAGCGACACAGUAGCGGAGGCUACGUACCCGUCCCGGUCCAACCGGUUUCGACCGGAGCUGCGAGCAGACAUGCGUCCAGCAGUGUCCAGGAGCAGCGCAGCAACACCUACUCGAAUCCCGGUGGCUACUACAGCGCUGGCACGGGCGGUGCCGGUCAUGGCUCGCAGUACUCGGCACAGUCCAGUUCAUCGCACAGCAACCGUUACAGUAAGCAGGGGAGCGCCGGGUUCCAGCACUAUCCGAUUGCGAACGAUGAGCUGGGUCGCCGGUUUGGUGCGUCCGGUGGAAGUCCCGGUGGGCUGGGUGCUGAUGCCGAUCUGCACAACAUCAUGAGCGAAACAGAAUCACUGGCUCGGGUACAGGCACAGAACGUCCACAACGGGGCGGUGGCGGGCAGUGGGACGAUCGACACAGACACUCGGUUCGGAGGAUCGAGUGCCGAUGAUGCUGGGAUGGGAACGAUGCCGGGUGGAUUCCAGCGCACCAAGUCUUGGUCCAGCAGCUCCAAAUGGGCAUCGGAGCAGAGGUACGGCGAUGAUGGAAAACCGAAAACGUACAGCAUGCUCUCGACGGCCGAAAGUGAGAAGCACAAUAUCAACGGUAAAACGACGGGUUAUAAGGCGGCUACGACGACGCUCGAGGAUGACGGUAAAGUAAGCACCUACAGUUUGCACACGACGUAGAACCAUCGCGAGUUCCCGGGAGCUCACAGUCAUCAGUAAACAUUUAAUUUAUGUAGCUGCUAAGAUGCUAACGAAUAAAUAUCGAACACACGUUA